AUCCCAUUACGAUCUAAAUUCUCUCGUCGAUUUUAUGAGCCUAUCCUCUUAGAAGCAGCUUUGAAGGAGACUCGACCACCAGUCUUUUCAGCCACUCAGCAUGAACCCAACACUAUGAAUGACAAUGCCGACAGUGCAGAGCAGUCUUUCAAAUGCUUCGUAAACAGGCUAGCCCAAGUCUGCGAUAAUAUACGCGGUGGUAAUGGUGCCACUAUUACUAGCAUUGCGGUGCUGGAAGAACCUGAAGGCAUCCAUUACAUCGUCGGAGCGAAUAACCGAAAGCUAACGGAAUUGAAGAACGUUGAAGAUUAUGUAAAGCAGCUACUGAAGAUUUUUUCAAAGCCUAUCGAGCAGCCCACAAACACCACCUUGCCAGUAGGAAGAGAAGCUUUGUGGCACAUUUUAAGGUUCAACAAACAACGAAUCAAUUAUUACCUUACAGGCGCUGUGAAUCAUUUAGAAGAGUGUAUCGAAGACUAUGAUAGACGACAUGUUGAAAUCCCUCUAGCAUCAGACGCAUUGAGAUUCAGAAGACAGCUCUCUGAGUUGAAAGAACUGCUUGCGUUCGAAAAGAAUGGUGAGCUAAACGAGCUCCACGAGUUACAAUUCUUUGCUUCAUGCGAAAGGGUGUUUUUAUUCAUCGACGAUAAUCAACGCCUGAAACUCGGAGACUCAAUUUCAGAACAAGCCAGAGAAGGCAAAAUGGAUAGCUCUAAGCCGUGGCUUGAACUUCGUCACUUUCUCGGACGUUUGCAUUCGUACCACAUCGCUGUCAAAACGAUGCUUCGUGCGCGUCGAUUUUGGGACCGAUUAUGGGAUGAUAUCAAGGUAACAGUAAUCCCUUCGGCCACGGCAAUUCCUCAUCCUCUCAACAAAAAGAGGCCGAAUGCGAGCGAAAUCAUUGGAAGGAUGACGUCUGCCGAAGAAUUGCUGGAAACAUACCGCAGCCGGGCGGCCAGACUACAGGAGCUCCAUCUCGACGAAAAGAUAUUGGCAGAGUGCAAUAGCUCUUCUCACACGCACACGGUACAUGCAGAAAUUCUUGUACUUGACUAUGUGCUACGUUAUCUGCGGGACACUGAGGAUGCCCAUUUCUACAGCAGCUGGCAAUAUAUUGGUACCUGCAAGCCAGUAUGUCGCCUUUGCAACUACUAUUUCAUGGCACACCCAAGUAGAGUCCAGGUUCGCGAAUCGUCCAACAAUCUCUACCCUCAUUGGCGGGUCACAGACGUCUUUGACGAAAGCACAAUGGCUGAGACGGAAAGACACCUACAAGCGGUCAUUGUGAGAACCAGGGCAGAUGCAUUACGAUCGCUCAUGUCUCAGACAUUGCAAGGUAGGAAGUAUGAUUCGAAUUCAUUCUCGGAUAUGCCGCCUCCUUUUGCGUCUCUCAGAACUGGAACCGGAACACCGUCAAUGAGCGACAUAACCUCCAGAGUCUCAAACCUCAAAAUCAUCACAGAAGAGGACGACCGAAGUGCAGUUGGAGAAAGAGAAGAUGAA